AUGCCUAUAUGUAUCGAGUGUCGGUACCCUGUAAGCAGUCUGUACACCACGUACAGCAAGGCAGAUGAUCGAACUUUGGGAAAAGGUGUACGCUUGACACAGUGCCCGAGAUGCAAGCGUUUCGCAGACAAAUAUGUCGAACAUGAUUUUGUUGUUUUGUUUAUCGACUUGGUCUUGAUCAAACCUCAGGUCUACAGGCAUCUUCUUUUUAAUCGUCUAGGUCGUGAGGACGGCCGCUUCAACCCAUCCAUAAUACGCCUCGGAGUCUUACUGCUCCUGUUUGAUGUCUAUCUGACCUGGGCACGUAUCGAAGAAGCCAUGCCCUCCCCGUCAGCCUCAGACAGUGUUUCUAUGCCGACCCCUUCAGAUCCCUUCUCGCAUCCCACGAGUAAUGCCACGGGAUCAGGCCAAUGGAACGCAUCAAGCCUGCUACCAACAUCUAAUCUGCUGAGUGAGCAGCCCAUCAUCCUGCAAUACGUCUUUUUCCUUGUGCUGUGCGCACUGGAGACGGUUUCAUUCCACCUCCCAAUCCGCACACUUUUGUCUCUUCGUCUGCCGCGGCCAUUGUCUUACUUGAUCCCUCAUUACCCGCACCCUGCUGUCAUAAGUACGGCACUCCUGGUGUCAAGCUUCACAAAGCUCUUCCCGCUAUUGCUGUUGAUUUGGAAGUACGAUCUGCCGAGUAGCGCAAGUGCUGUUUCAUGGGCUGUCAUCAUCAACAACGUUGCUGCCUUGGAGAUCUUGCUUGAGUGCGGAGUCAUCAGAGCUGCCAUUUUGGCGGCUGUUGGCGCUGUGUGUCGGGCAGGCAUCGGUUGGUGUAUUCUAAGAGCUGCUGGUGUAGGAUCAGGGGUAGCAGCUGCCGGUGUCGUUGAGACGGGCGAUUUACUCGAGCUGUGGAAACGACUUGCGCUUCACGUUGGUAUCGGACAAUGA